AUUUGCUGUGCUCUGCUUUUACUUCUCGCGUCUUACCUUUACCGAGACCUUUACGGCUUUACCUCUCCUUUUACCUUGUAUAAUACAAUACUUAAACAAAGUUAAACUAGUUUCAAAUGGCUUCAAAACCAUCACUUUUCCUAUUAGAUAUUAGCAAGUUAAAGUUUGUUCUAAAAGUCUUGAAGCAUUACAAGUUUCCUGAAGCAAGAUGGUUUGAAUUUGGAUUGAAUCUUGGUCUGCUUCAUCCUACACUGGAAGCUAUUGAGUCAGCUCAUAGAGGCAAUCCUUCACGCUGCCUGAUGGAGUGUUUAACCAAGUGGUUGACUAAAGCUGAUGAUAAUGUCGCCACUGUUGGUCCUAUUAUCUGGACGACACUGGCUAAUGCUCUUAGAGAAAUGGAUGUAAAAUCUGUUGCCAUUGAUAUUCGCAAAACAAUGGCAGACCCUGUUAGUGAGAUAUUACAGUGUUAUAUUGGUAGACUAGCUCAAGUUGUUCUUACUGAGGAAUCAGUUGAUCUCUUACAUACAGAGGGAUGGUAUCUAAGGAUACAUUAACAGAAGUGAAGAGUUGUGGUUGUUCAUUGGUAGGAGAUCCAAUGUUACUAAUAUUAAAUGCUGUAGCUGAAGAUCAUAGCAAAUUAUGCACUCUGACAAGCAUUCUAAUGAAAUCAAAGGAAGCAGUGUCAUUAGCUAGUGAUAUAAUAAUGGAAUAUGGAAAGUCAUUUCCUUUAGCAGCAACAGUGAUGCCAUUUUGUACUUCAAGAUCUGGACAAUUACAAGGUAGUAGUAGUGAGACUCAAGUAACUACCAAUACUGAUGCUACUGCACAAGCAGAGACUGUCAUAUUUUAUCCGGAUGAUAAAGCUGAGUUUGAUAGAAUGGGUGAUAUGCGUGGUACACUUAUUCAUAAUAUUGUUCCUCUCAUAAAAGCAGCAAUACCUUCUUCCAUACCAUCUGUUGAUGAUUUGAAGACCUACCUUGGAAGGUGCCGUCCAGAAUUAAAGCCUCGAUUGAAAGAUACCAAUUGCUUUGAUGAUGUCAUGGAAGUGAUUGAGGAUGAGUGUUCUAUCACUAACGUUGCUCUAUUGGAGACUAUAGUGAACAAGUACUCAAUACAAGAUGCUGGAGACAUGAUAUUAGCUUAUCAGACACACUUGGAUGAAUUCUGUGAGAACAAAUUAACAAUGUUUUGUAAUCGUCAGCUAAAGAGGUUAUCCUCUUCUCUCCUCACUUGUGAGACCAUCAAAUUUGUUUUGAAAUGGAAUCCAAGUGAGCAUUCUCUCUCCAGUAUCAGAGCCCUCCUAUGGAAAACGUUUAAGGAUAAUCAAGUGGAGGUGGUAGUGAUCAAGGAAGGGAACUCCAUCAUUGUUACUUGUUAUGCUCCUCAUUAUCUGAUGGAGAGUUUACUAGUGACAGCUAGAGAUAACGUUGAUAUGCUAAAGGAGACGGGAUUGAUUAGUUUAACUAUUGGUUACUAUACUGUGUAUGAUGAACAUGCAAUUGAUGAGGAGGUGAAGAGUCUAAUGAAGAAACUGGAGAUGGUAGAGAGUGAAAGAGAUGUUUUACUUGAGGAGAAUACUAAAUUGAAGGGUACAAUAGACACAUUAGGUAUCUCAUAUGAAGGUAGAGAAGUUGAUGAAAGCAAUAAGUCAUCAAUACAAUCAUCAGAGUCUGAGAAGGAAGACAGCAAAAAGAAGUUGAAAAAAGCAAUGCAAAUGGAAAUAGAUCAUUUACGAUCAUCUCUUCAAAGCAAAACAGUGAUGGAAGAAAUGCUAAUUGGAGUAGAGAAAACAUUAAUUGAAAGAGAAAAGGAGAUAGAACUGUUACAGGAAAAGAUAUCAUUAAUGAAUAUACAACAACUGAAAGAAACCUCAAUUACUCUUAGAAAGGAUCAGUCUACUCAAUCAAUAGAUCCACUGAAAGGAUCAGUUUAUGAAGCUAUUAGAGACUGGGAAGCAAGGAGAAGUGAUAUAGCUGCAUACUCCAUUGAUAGUGGGUUAGCUAUUCCAUUGGCAACAGUAAAGAAAGAAAGGAAAUUCAAAGUGGCUCUACCAGCAGGCAUUGAUAAAGCAGCAAGCUUUUUGGAGGCUUCCUUUAUCAAAAGUGAUGAGGAGGGUAGAGUUAUGGUUAAUGAUAACAACACAGCCAUUGUAUCAUGCACACCUCAAAGUAUUGGUGGAUAUGAACUAUCAGUGACUAUAAGAGGUCACCAUAUUAAAGGUAGUCCUUAUCAACUGUCAGUAAAAGCAUCAAGAGACUAUACCACACUAACUAACCAGAGAUACUUUGUUGUAGGGAGUAGUACUACUGGUGUUGCUGUUCAUACUAAUGGUGAAGUAUUUGCUGGUAGUUGGGAUGGGUUUGUUCAGGUAUUUAGUGAGGAUGGUACUGCAGUAAAAAGGUUUGGAUGUAAAGGUAAUGGUAGUGGACAGUUUGACUAUCCUUUUGGUUUAUUGCUGGUAGGAGACAGGGUCUAUGUGUCUGAUCAUAAUCUUAAUCUUGUGCAGUAUUUCUCAGCUACUACUGGUCAGUAUAUUGGUCAGUUUGGUAGUAAGGGUAAUGGAAAUGGACAAUUCUCUAAUCCUUGUGGUAUGUCUACUGAUGGUAAAGGUAAUAUAUUAGUAGCUGAGUACAGCAACAAUAGAGUACAAGUGUUUAAAGAAGAUGGUACAUUUGUACAAGUCAUACAAUGUGAUGGUACUGCAUCUGAUGUAGCAGUUGAUAAUGAAGGAAAGAUACACGUUACCAUUACUAAUCAAAAUCAUGUUCAAGUCUUCUCUCCUGAUGGUAAAACUCAUCUUGAUACAUACAAUAAUCCAGCUGGUAACUUUAAUAGUCCUAGUGGUAUUGCUAUUGAUGAUGAAGGAUAUAUCCUUGUAUCAAGUAACAAUGGGUAUCUUCAUGUAUUGAGUCCUGACAGGAAACAAGUCAAAUUAAUCUCAGGAUUAUCUAAUCCAUGGGGUGUAGCACUGGAUAAAGAUGGAUAUAUUUAUGUUGCUGAAUGUGGCAACUAUCAUGUCAUGAAGUAUUAACUAAAUAAGUUACAAUUUAAGGUAUAAAGUCACUCUACCUCGUCUUCUUUUGAUUGUUCACACACAUAGUUUUGCUUGCCCCUUCACUCUCAUUAUACACACACUCAUA